AUGGUUGAUGUUCAUGAAGACAGUUUGAUGACUAGUAAUGUGGAAAGAAGCGGAUUUGUUGAUUGUAGUAAUACAGAGCAUGAGCUAGAGCAAGAGAAAAUUAAUCAUCUUUAUUCUAUUGAUAAUGGCAAGUCCAAUAUUGUGGAACCAUGGAUUGGAAUGGAAUUUCCCACAUAUACUACUGCGUAUGAUUAUUACAACGAUUAUGCAAAAAUAAAAGGAUUCAGUGUCCGCAUAAGCUCAGGCAAUUACUCUAGGAAGGAAGGAAAAAAACUCAUAUCAAAGAAAUUUUUCUGUAAUAAGGAGGGUCUAAAAUCUACAAAUGAUAAGAGAGAGCAUGGAAAAAUAGUUAAGCGUCGAAGAGAUACUAGAGUAGGUUGCAAGGCGAUGUUGCGGGUCAAUCGAACUGAUAACUGUACAUGGGUAGUGAGCAAAUUUGUUAAUGAGCAUACAAAUCACGAGUUGACUAGUCCAGAUAAGGUUAAAAAUCAUUAUUCACAUCGAAAGUUAUAUCGAACAAAAGGUUGUCAAAGUCUGAUUGAAAGUUUGCAUGAAGAAGGGCUUCCGCCAGCAACAAUUUCACGAGUAAUAAAUGUUGGUAGUGGAAAUCGGGAGGAAAUUGUCACAUCGCAACAAUGUAGUGAUCAUAUCAGAAAACAGAGAAAGAAUAACAUGGGUAAUGAAUGCAUAUUAGUCAUUCAAAAAUUCAUAGAUAAAAGGACAUUUGAUCCAGAUUUUUAUUUUGCUAUUGAAUUAGAUACCACAGGAACUAUGAGGAGUGUAUUUUGGGCAGAUGGACGGGCAAGGGCAUCAUUCUUAAAGUUUCAUGACGUUAUUGUUUUUGAUGUUACAUAUAGAACUAACAAGUUGGCACUGUCUUUUGCUCCAUUUACUGGUGUUAACCACCAUAGGCAGUCAACUUUGUUUGGUUGUGCACUACUUGCAGAUGAGGAAGAAGACACAUUUGUCUGGUUGUUUACUGAGUGGGUUAAAUGUAUGAAUGGAGUGGCUCCACAUGCUAUUAUUACAGACCAGGACAAAGGUAUAUGCAAUGUCAUUCAAAGAGUGUUUCCAAAUACUCGACAUCGCUAUUGUAAAUGGCAUCUUGGCAAGCACAUGGUUGAUCAUUUAUUAUCUCUACAACAGUUGCAUGGAGAAGAGUUUGCGAACUACUUUAAUAGAUGGUGGCAUAGCAAGACAAUUGAAACAUGUAUUCAGCAAUGGGAUGAGUUAAAAGAAAAGUUCAAUAUAAAAGAAAAUGAAGAAGGUUGGUUACAAACCAUGUACAGAAAUAGAACACAUUGGGUUCCAUGCUAUCUCAAAGAUACUUUCUUUGCAGGAAUGACAUCAAGCCAACGUAGUGAAAGUAUAAAUGCCUUCUUUGACACAUACGUCAACUCACAAACAUUGUUGUCCGAUUUUGUUGAGCACUAUGAUAAAGCAAUAUUGUCGCGUCAUUCUCAAGAAUUAAGUGAAGAUUUUGCUACUUUGAAUACAAAGCCUGUGAUGUAUCUAAACCAUCCGAUUGAGAUUCAAGCUGGAGAGUCAUAUACAAGAGCUAUAUUUGAGAGGUUUUAA